CAACUUAAUAAUUAAUCAUUAAUUUAACUUAUAUUUUAAUCUACUUACUUUGAGUAGAUUAUUACAAUAAAUGUUCAGAAAUUGUGAAUGAAAAUUAAAGAAAACAAAAAAAAAAAAACAAAUUAAUUUUAUUAAAUAUUUUUGUUAUUUAAAUAAAAUUAAUUUUGAAUUAAUAUUUAAAAUAAAUAAAAUAUAAUAUUAAUUAAUUAAUAAAAUAAUAAUAAAAAUUCAACAACAAUUAAAAAAACAUCAAAAUCAUUAAAAUUUUUUAAGGUUUUUUAUUUAUCUUGUUAUACAUAAAAUAAAAUGAGGCAAAUUGGAAACGAGCUAACAACAACUAAUGCUGAAGAAAAAAGAUGUUGUUCUUCUUCCACUACUUCUAUAACUACUACUACUACUACUACCACUACUAGUACUUCUGGUGGUAUCGAUUCAACUAUAGAAUCAAAUCGUAUCAAUUUAAAUUUUUUAAGUUUAUUAAGUAAUUGGGGUAUCAAACAAUUUUGCUGGGUUUUAAGUAUAUUCAACUUUUCAUUUGAUUGGCUUUAUCCUUUAUAUGAUGAUAAUCAACAUUAUAUUCAGUUUUCGUCGUUGUCAUCAUCACCAUUGCCGUCAGCGUCAACUCAAUCUGACGAUCCUCUAAAACGAAUUCAAGAUGAAAUCAAUGAAGUGGCUCGACGUGAACGUGAGUUACGUGAAAAAACACAACGACAACAACAACAAUUAAAAAUUCAACAGCAACAACAACAACAACAACAAAUAUUACAAAAUAAUAAUGAACAUAAUAAUAUUAAUUCAACAACAAAUCAUAUUCAACAUUUAAAUAAUCAUAAUGGAAUAAAUGGUACAUUAAAUAACACCAAUAAUACAAUUUCAUUAAAUUCAACAAUAUCAUUAAAUGAUGAAUCAUCAUCCAAUAAUACAUCAAUAUCACCAAUAAUUACAAAUAGUAAAGAUACUAAUUUAGAUGUUGAACAUCAUUCAGAUGAUUCUGGUAUAUCGGCAUCAUCAAGUCCAAUACCAAGAAAUGUUAAAAAAUAUAUUAGAACAAAUAAUUAUAAUGUAAUAAGUCCAACACCACCACCACAACAAAUGCAAUUAAAUAAACCAAUUAUAAAAUCUUCAAACAACAAUAAUAACAAUAAUGGUAGCAUUAAUAAUAUCAAUAAUAUUGGAACAACAAUAAUACAACAAAAUGGUGGUAAUAUUACACAAAGACCAAGUUUAAUACAUUUUACACCAAUAAGACGUGUUACAACUGGACCAGCACAUAAAGGUUUAAUGCAACGUUUUAUUGCAACACGUGGAAAAAUUUCAAUUAAUGGUACUAGUAAUGGAUUAAAUGGUAUUCAUACAACAAAUGGUGUUAAUGGUAUUAAAGAUGGUCCAAUAUCACCAAUUGAUCAAUUUAAUCAAACACAUCGUCAUUCAGUAUUUUUACAACAAGUAAAUAAUCCAACAACACCACCAAUAAUUGAACGUGAUCCAGAAGGUAAACCAUUACGUCCAGGUUAUAUACCAGUUGAAGAGAAAAUUCAAAAAGAAUUAAAAGAUUUAAAAAAUAGAGAAUCAGAAUUAAAAAGAAUUCGUAAAUUAAAAUCAAGACAAUCGCAACCGGAUCUAUUAGAAUCCAUUGAAAAUGAAUUUGCUGAAUCAGAUGAAGAUUCUGAUGUUGAACAUUGUUAUCCACCGGGUAAAUUAAGGGCUGUUAAAUCAAUUAGUGAAUUAUGUGAUUCGAUGAAUUCGAGUAGCCUUUCACCAAGCCGAACAACACCAAGUCCAAAUUUUGAACGAAGUCGUCAUCAAAGUGAAAAUCUUCGUCCAGCUGUAUCAUUAGCUCAAUUAUGUGAAUUAAAUAAUGAUGAAGAAGCACCAUCUUCGCACGAACUUAUCGCCAAAUGGGAAAGUCUUAUACAACAAAAUUCUUAAAUUUUUUUUUUUUGUUUUUAUAUAAAAAUAAAUUAUAAAAUCAAUAGCGCAGCGAAAAAAAAAUUUUUGUACUUCAAAAUAUUGCAAUAGUACUGUAUUAAUACUGUAAAAUUGGAACAUAAUUACAAUUUUGUAUAUUUGCAUUAUUGCACAUUUUUGAAGUCAAGAAUUAUUAUAUAUUAAGAAAAUUAUUAUACAAUUAUAAAUUGUAUAUAUUUAAAAUGUAUUUUUUAAAUUAAACUAUGAAAAAUUGUAUUUUUAUGUUAAACAAAAUGUAAAAUCUAAUUUAUUUAAAUGAUUGAAAAAUGAAUUCAAGAAGAUUUAUGAAAAUAUUUCAACAUUAUAGUUCAGUUCAGAUCAGUUAUGUCAGCUCAUAUUUGAAUUAAAGUAUAAAAAUUGAACUGAACUUGUGUUAAUCAAUUUUUAAUAAUUUUAAUUUAUAUUGUAAUUUUUAAUACUUUUAUAUUAUUUAUAUAUAUACAAAAUUAAUUAGAAAAUUAUUAAAUUAAAUUUAUAAUGUCUACCAUACUAUA